AUGUGCUACAAACAAACGCUGCUCAGAAAGGAAGGGCUUUGGAGGGCAGAAAACGCCACCAGUUUACUAAUACCAACAUUCUUAUCUCAAUUGGUUCUCAUCAUUUCCAUUAAUCACCUUCUCAUGUUCGCCUUCAGGCCUCUACGUCUUCCUCGCAUUACCGCCGAGAUACUUGGUGGUGUAAUAUUAGGUGCAGGUGGAGUUGCCGGCACAAUGUUUGGCAAAGAUUACCUAUUUCCAUACAGAGCCAUAAUGACAUUAGAGACUGUGGCCAACUUAGGGUUACUCUAUUAUAUGCUCCUGCUUGGACUUGAAGUUGACCUCAAACCAGUAAUACAAGCCCCAAAAAAGGCCUUCACCAUUGCCCUAUCCGGCCUCCUCCUUACCUUCCCGGUCGGCGUCGCCUUGCACUACAUGGUCGUCGAGAAUUUUACGGUCGCCACCGACGGUUUGCCAACUAGAUACGGGCCGCUCUUUUGGGGCAUUGCCCUCUCCACCACUAAUUUCCCCGAGCUCGCACAAAUCCUCAUCGACCUCAAACUCCUCCGCUCUGAGGUGGGGCGCACCGCGCUUUCCGCCGCCGUCAUGACCGACCUCACCUCAUGGCUCCUCUUCGUCGUAUGCAUGGCCGUCAUCAACACCGGCCACGUCUACACCCUAGUGCUCGGCGGGGACUUCGUGGUUCUCUCCCUCUUUGUCUUCCGGCCGGCUCUCUCGUGGGCUGUCGGCCUAACAAACCAGCGCAUUGUCGAGGGCGGAAGCGGCUACAACGACUACCACAUAAGCUUCAUCUUAGCUCUUGCCGUCGCCUUCGGGUACGUGACUGACGCCUGCGGGUGUCACUCGAUUCUCGGGGGUUUCAUGUUGGGGGUGAUCAUGCCUAAGGGAGAGCUCAAGGAGAAGUUGAUGGAGAAAGUGGAGGACUUUGUUUUAGGGCUUAUGAUGCCAUUAUUCUUCAUUGUUGUUGGGCUGAGGACAAACCAUUUGCUAGUGUUUGGAGGGCAGUUUGGAAUCGGGAAGAUUAUCGGGGUUUUGGGUUUGGCUUUUGUGGCUAAAAUAGCCAGCACUUUCCUUGCGGCUGUUUUCUUCAACAAAAUGAAGUUCAGAGAUAGUUUGGCUCUGGGGUUGCUCAUGAACACCAAAGGAUUACUAACAUUGAUUGUUAUUAGCUCCGCCAGGGACAUAAAGGUUUUGAACAACCAAACUUUUACUAUCCUCAUCACUGCGCUUUGGUUGAUGACUGCAGCCGUCGGACCAAUUCUAUCCUUCGCUUACAAGUCCGGCAAACCCUCCGGCGAAUACAAGCGAAGCUGCGUGACAAGCGUAGAACCUCAUGAGUCGGAGCUCCGAAUCCUCACAUGCUCUCACUCCUCGCAAGAAGUGACCGGCAUUGCUAACCUCCUCGAUGCCUCCAACCCCACCAAGGAAUCUCCGAUCUCCGUCUUCGCCCUCCAUCUAGUCGAGCACGUUGGUCGCGCCUCCGCAAUGCUAAUAGUCCACAAUGCCUGUAGGAUCGACGAGACCGGAGGCGACAAAGAUGAUGACUCAUCCGCUGUUGCUGCCACCUCAGCCUUCAACGACCUGAAAAAUGGUAAGGAAUUAGGCUCACUCUUCAUUCACCCGCUUACCGUGGUCUCGUCCUUUGCCACAAUGCACGAGGAUAUCUGCAGCUUAGCGGAGGAGAAGCAAACCAACCUCAUAAUCCUCCCCUUUCACCUCAAGCCCACCACUGACGGAGGCGUGGAGAGCACAAAGGGAAACCCUUUUCGUAUCAUGAACAAGCACGUUUUGGAGAACUCGCCAUGCUCGGUGGCAGUGUUGGUGGACCGCGGCCACCGACCACCAACGGUGCUUGCCAAGUUAGACAAUCAGGGCCACCUCUGCCGCCACUUCUUCGUGAUCUUCAUUGGUGGACCAGACGACCGCGAGGCAUUGGCCUACGCUCAAAGAAUGUCUGGAAACCCUAACAUCGGCUUAACAGUCACCCGGUUUUCCUUAGAUAAUGAAAAUCAUGUCGAAUUAAGUACCGAUGAUGAAGAAAAAGAAGAGAAAUUACUAGAUAAUCAAUGUCUCGAGGAGUUUCGCCGUGAGACAAAGAACAACUCAGCGGUGAAGCUGAGAGAUGUCGUAGUAAGAAGCUGGGACGAGAUAGUGAAAGUGAUCAUAGACAUGGAAGGCGACGAGUACGACCUUAUAAUAGGCGUGUUGCCUAUCACUGCAGGCUCGUUAGAAUGGAGUGAGUUUCCGGAAUUUGGUGCCUUGGGAGACACCUUGGUGUGCUCGAGUUUCGCAGCGAAUGCUUGGAUUCUUGUAGUACAGCAAGGUGGCAGCUGCGACAGUAACAGUGAUACCGGUUGCGGUGGUGGUAGCAAUGACGGCGCUUCCGCCUCCAAUCAGCGUGUGGAGAAUAACAGUACAUUGAGUGAGCAUUUUGGCCCUACGACAUGGGAACCAACCCAAAUUGAAAAGCCUGAUUUGGCGUCCUUUGUUUCUCGUGGCACCAGGUCUUUUUGA